CUCAGCCCUCGGAGAGGUUCGCGCCAACGGCUCAGAGAAAACGUGAAGAAUCCAAUCUGCAAAACCCGAGUCUGGGAGAGGGGCUUCGGUGCGCGGUGGAAUUUGCAGACGCUCCCUGCUGGCGGAGACAGCCUGACCUGUCCUUCAGCCCGGGACCUUCGGCGGGUCCCGGCCCGACGGACCCGAGUGCUAGUGGAGGCGGAGGCGGCAGCGGAGCCAGUGCCGGCUGCAGUGGCUGAGGCCGCGGCGGGAGAGUUAUGUCGGAGCCGCGGCCGCGGGGCACCGAGCGCGACCUCUACCGGGACACGUGGGUGCGAUACCUAGGCUAUGCCAAUGAGGUGGGGGAGGCUUUCCGCUCCCUGGUGCCAGCUGCUGUGGUGUGGCUGAGCUAUGGUGUGGCCAGCUCCUACGUGCUGGCGGAUGCCAUUGACAAAGGCAAGAAGGCGGGAGAGGUGCCAAGCCCUGAAGCAGGCCGCAGCACAAGGGUGACCGUGGCUGUAGUGGACACCUUUGUAUGGCAAGCUCUGGCUUCUGUGGCCAUUCCAGGUUUCACUAUCAACCGUGUGUGUGCUGCCUCUCUCUAUGUCCUGGGCACUGCCACCCGCUGGCCUCUGGCUGUCCGCAAGUGGACCACCACUGCGCUUGGGCUGUUGACCAUCCCCAUCAUUAUCCACCCCAUUGACAGGUGGGUCGGUGGACUUCCUGCUGGACUCCAGCCUGCGCAAGUUCUACCCGUCAUUGGGGAAGCCCAGCUCCUCUUAACCUCACCCUAGUACGUGGCCUGUGCACUGACCUGCUUUGUACCAGUUCCCACUCCUGCCAGAGCAUGUGGGUGCCUGGCUCCCCAGGAUCCAAGGCACUGGUACCUGAGUGGGUUUGAGCUAGAUGGAAGCUUAGAGACAAAGGCUUCAAGGAGCAGCGGCCACAGCGAGUCACAGACAGAGGCUGAACCUGAACUCUGACUACUUCCCUGGAAUCUGUGAUGCUGAGGGGGAGUGGACCCCGGGUGGGUUCAGCGCUGUCAUUUGACAGGAAAGUUACAUCCUCCCGUGGAGGAUGAGGAGACUGAGGCUCAGGGAGGGCAAGGAAUAUGCCCAAGAUCACAUGGCAAACUGGGCACCUGGGACCCCCAGUUGCCUGGCCGAGUCACCUCAUGGCAGUAGACACUCAGGAAGAACGCAGAACUCAGUAACUGGACACCUCAGGACAGAUUAUCUGGCCAGCACCCCUGGUGCAGGGGCUUCCGGGGCGAUGCUGGAGGGCAAGACAGCCAGCCUCCAGCUAAGCACUGGCUAGGCCCCCCUGGACCCAAUAAAUCCUCAAAGAAGUUGA